CGACCAGGCCUCCCAUCGCCAUAUCGGGCAAGAACUACGUGGAGAUGGGCCACGCCAUCACGAUCUUCUGCAACGCAACGGAGCCCCCGGGGACCCCCGUCACUAUCGACUGGUUCAAAGAUGGUGACACGAUCGACUACAUCAAAUACAAGCACGUGGUCAUCACCAACUACCACCUGGUGGAGACGAAGUAGGUCACGUUUGGUGAAGACAACGCGAAGACACGACCGGGACCCGGGACAGAACUGAACCCCGUUGGUGGUUUAGACUCGAUCAGACGUAGUUGUGAUUACAUUGGACGUGAUCAUGACUAUAUUUGAUGCAGUCGUGAUAUAUUUGACGUAAUCAUGAUAUAUUUGACGUAGUCAUGAUAUAUUGGACGUAGUCAUGAUAUAUUGGACGUACUCGUGAUAUAUCGAGCAUAGUCUUGGUUAUAUGGGACGUAGUCUUGGUUAUAUGGGACGUAAUCUUGGAUAAAUUUGACGUAGGUUUGGAUAUAUUGGACGUAGUCAUGAUAUAUCUUGGGAUGAAAUAACUAGUAAUAGUAGAGUUAAUGAUACAUUUUAAAACGAUAGCUCUUAGCUUCAUAAUUGAUUUUAAAACAAUUUGAGAUGUUAUAAUUGUCUGGUUAAAGUAAAGGGACAGAGGAAUCGAUUUAAUAGUUUCUAACACCGGGGGGAUUCCCCUCUUUUUGAAAAUGUACAUGGAAGUAACCAAUACAAAAAUCAAAAACAAAAUUGUACCCACUCAUUCGUUGUAAUGGAAGGAUGCGUGAACAGACAAAUGACACACAUGAAUGAAAUUUCCUGCAUCUUGUAGGUGUGUUACCCGGCAGGACCAUGCCAAGAAAAAGAUGCACCCGGGCCGCAGCCUAAAAAGAUCAAUGGCCCUUUCUUUUUGCAACCCUCCCCCCCCCCCCAUCCCACAAUUCAUCAAUAAAUGAGAUUAUAAAACUGGCAAAAUUUUUACAACUAUAUAUAAAAGUUUACAAAUAGAAUUUACUCCUUUGGCGCCCCCGUAAGGCGGACGGCUGAGACGUCCCAAACCCCGUUGCCCCCACCCUCCUUUUUUCGCACGGCCCUGUUCACGAGUGUUGUUUUUUUUUUUAUUCCAGCGUCCUGGUCAGCGAACUGUUGAUAGACAGGAGCCAGCCCAGAGACACGGGUACAUACAUCUGUAGGUCACCUAGAGGUCAUAUUGACAGCAUAAAGGUCACAGUUUUAUCGG